CGCACACACGCACACACGCACACCAUGGCGGCCCUCGGCAAGGAUAUCUUCAUUCUCGCGGCCACGCGUACCCCGAUCGCGGCCUUCCGCGCGGCUCUCGGCGGCAUGUCUGCCCCGGCCCUCGGCGCGACGGCCAUCCGCGGCGCCCUGGCUCGGGCGGCCGUCCGGCCGGAGGACGUCGAGGACGUGGUCAUGGGCAACGUCAUUUCCGCUGGCGCUGGGCAGUCGCCCGCUCGCCAGGCCUCCUUCGGCGCGGGGAUCCCCACCUCGGCCGAGGCGACCACCAUCAACAAGGUUUGCGCGUCCGGCAUGAAGGCCGUCUCGCUGGCGGCCCAGUCCAUCCUGGCCGGGCAGUCGCAGCUGGUGGUGGCCGGCGGCAUGGAGUCCAUGUCCAAUGUGCCGUACUACACCCCGCGCGAUUCGCUGUCCUAUGGGCAUGUGCAGACGCGCGAUGGCAUCCUGGCUGACGGUCUUUGGGAUGCGGUCAACAACUUCCACAUGGGCAACUGCGCGGAGAACACCGCCCGCAAGCACAACAUCACCCGCGAGCAGCAGGACGAGUACGCCAUUCGCUCCUUCACCCGCUCGCAGAAGUCCCUGGCCGAGGGUCUCUUCACCCCGGAAAUCACCCCGGUGGAGAUCCCCGGGCGCCGGGCCAGCGACAAGCCCACCGUCUUCUCGGUGGACGAGGGCCCCGGCAAGGCCAAGUUCGACCGGAUCCCCACCCUGCGCCCGGCCUUCGAGGCUGACGGCACCAUCACCGCGGCCAAUGCCUCGACCCUGAAUGACGGUGCUGCGGCCCUGGUCCUGGCCUCGGCCGAGUAUGUCCAGGCUCACGGCCUGAAGCCCAUCGGCCGGAUUGUCUCCUUCGCCGAUGGCGCCCGCGACCACAUUGACUUCCCCACCGCCCCGGCCAUCUCCCUCCCUCGGGCGAUCGCCGCGGCCCAGCUGACCACCCGCGACAUCAGCCUCUACGAGAUCAACGAGGCCUUCGCCGUGGUGCCGCUGGUCAACCAGCAGCUCCUGGACCUGGACCCGGAGACUGUCAACGUCCGUGGUGGUGCUAUCUCCCUUGGCCACCCGAUCGGUGCCUCCGGUGCUCGUAUCCUGGUUACCCUGCUGCAUGCCCUGCAGGCUGGUCAGUUUGGCGCGGCGUCCAUUUGCAACGGCGGUGGCGGCUCCUCCUCCAUGGUUGUCCAGCGCCUGUAAGUGUCUAGCGCCAUUUCCCCCCCUCCCCCUCAUAUAGCAAACACACACACACAUGCACAUGCACAUGCACGCCUAUACAGUGCGCCCCUCCCCCCACUCCCCGAGGGCAACCUGGAUCCCGCAAGAUCGCCAAGUCCCCUUCCCUCGCCUGCUCCUGUCAUGCGCCACCUUUUCCCCCACUGCCCCAGGGUCGCCGAAUAGAGAGGUAUCGGGA